UGGAGUCCUGCGGAGCCGCCGUAGUUCCACCAGGACUCAACUAGACCCAGGUUCUCACCAGAGAUGCGGGUAAACGUUGCGGGCGGUCGCAGAGAAGAGUUCUCGAGCUCCUGGCCCAACAUACACAACAACUCCUGGGGCUAACCCGAGGUCCGACGGGGGGCGUCGAGCCGCCAGCACAGCUCCUGCGAGGACUUUGUUCACUUUUACAUUCACGGUAAAUCACUCAAAAUGGAGAUUCACGAAGGAGCAGCGGCGGCGGUGGGCGACGGAGUCCUGGACUUCUCUCGCCUCAGCCUGAGCACGUUCAGCCCGGACGGGGUCAGCGAGGAGAGGAAGCGGGACGCCCGGCAGCUGUACCUGAACCACAACCGGCUCCUCUCGCUGCCCUCGUCCCUGUCCGUGUUCUGCGACCUGGAGCUCCUGGACAUCAGCAACAACGGACUGUCCGCCAUCUGCGAGGGCAUCACGCGGCUGGGCAGCCUGCGGACCCUCGUCGCCAAGAACAACCGUCUGGACGAGUCGUCGCUGCCCAAGGAGUUCGGCUGCCUGCGGCUCGAGGUGCUGAACUUCAGCGGGAACCGCUUCACGGAGAUCCCGCUGCAGUGCACCAAGCUGCCGCGGCUGCAGUCGCUGUCGCUCGGCGGAAACCGACUGAAGAGCAUACCUGCGGAGAUCGAGAACCUGACCAGUCUGGAGCUGUUGUAUCUGGGCGGAAACCUCAUCACAGCUAUUCCUCCGGAAGUGGCAAACCUGCCCUACCUCAGCUACCUGGUCCUGUGUGACAAUCGCAUCCAAAGUGUCCCCCCACAACUCACCAGGCUCCACUCGCUGCGAUCUUUAAGUCUCCACAACAACUUGCUCACUUACCUGCCGAGGGAAAUCCUCUGCCUGGUGCACCUGCAUGAGCUCAGCCUCAGAGGCAACCCACUGGUGGUGCGCUUUGUCAAGGAGAUGACCUACGACCCGCCCUCGCUGCUAGAAUUGGCCGGACGUACGGUCAAGAGCGGAAAUAUUCAAUACUACCCCUGUGACAUGCCUUCAAAUCUACUGCGAUACCUGGACCUGGCCAGCAAGUGUCCCAACCCUAAGUGUGCCGGCGUCUACUUUGAUUCAUGUGUGCGCCAGAUCAAAUUUGUGGACUUCUGUGGGAAGUACCGGCUGCCCCUCAUGCACUACCUGUGCUCCCCAGAAUGCACCUCUCCCUGCAGCUCCAACCCCCAGAGCGACGCCGAGUCGGAAGACGAGAGCACCCGCCUUCAGAGGGUGCUUCUGGGAUAGCACGCCACAGGAACCUUUGACCACGCCCAGCCUCGUCAGUUUGUCACUGUGCUCAACAUUUAUACAGACACAGCCUUGGCCUGUCAGACUUGGCUUUACAUAAAUGCACAUACAAGUACACACUAAUACAGUGCAUUCAGAAAGUAAUCAGACUCCUAAAUCUUUUUUUUCACUUUGUGAAGAUUCAUUUUGUUUCAUCAAUCGUCACUGAAUGCCCGAAAUGAUAAAGUGAACAUUUUUGGUUUAAAGCUAUCCUGUAUGAGAUUGUGGAUGUUUUACAUUACCAUAUCAGUCUCGGUUUUAGAAUUGAUGCAUCCUUACUAUCUUAUUGGAAGAGGUCUGGUUGUUCUCAUCUUCUUCAAUUGAAGAAUCCUGGAGGCCCCUGGGUUCUUAGGAACCUUCAAUGCAGCAGAUAGUUUUUGCAGCCUUUCCCAAUUCUCUGCUUCGACACAAUCCUCUGUCUUAGCUCAGGCGAUUCUUCAUCCUCAUAGCUUGUUUUGUACUCUGAUAUGCAACUGUGAGACCUUAUAUAGACCAGUGUGUGCCUUUCAAAGUCCUGUCUAAUCAAUUGAAUUUACCAAAGGUUGACUCCAAUCAAUAUGUCAAAACAUCUUAAAGAUGAGAAAUGUGACAGCUGCACUUAAUUUGAAAUGUCAGACCGUUAAAGCGUAAGGAAGCAACAUCACCAAAUGUGGCGAAAGUGAAGGGGUCUGAAUACUUCCUGGAUGUACUGUACAUAUAGCCACUAAAACAUUUACUACUGCGGUCUUGGAAAAAAUGUCAACCAUUUUAUACAAAUGGUGUGAUAGAAAUGAGUUCCCUCAUCAUAUAACGAGUAAAGGAAUCAUUUCCCUCGAAGCUGUAAAUCCACACUCAUGACUGUGUCAAAGUGCUGCUGUCAUGGUGGAACAUUAGAGGGCAGUAUAGCUCUUGUUUGGACUGUGAACACUGAGGCACCGGCAGGAUUCUUUUCCUUUCCAGGGAACCAUACGUUCUCUUUAAUACAACACUUGGUGCUUUUGUUUCUUCUAUCCAUUAAGUGCAUUAGUCUGUAUUCUCUGAGAGUUUGGAUAUGAACAAAGUGGGUUUUGUCCAGCAACUGGAAAACACCUAGCAAGCUUUGGUUUUUAAGUGCUUUGAUCAAGUGAACUUCAAAGCUGCUCUACUAACUGAGAAAAAAAAAUGUCUGGGAUUUGUCUUGUACGUCAACAGAAACAAUCACCAGUUUGUCACCACGGUGCUCUGAACCGAACGAGAACAACGUGUGAGAUGACCUUAUUUACGCUGUGUGUGGUGUAAUUAGGCCGUCCUACAUAAUUUGAGCAGAUCAAGAUUUAAUUUUUUUUCCCCUCAGCACAGUGCUCAUUGAACACAACCUUGUAAGUUUUAUUAUUUUGACAUUAUAGCAUUGUUGUUAUAAAUUGAUCCAGAAUAAGGGUUCUGUGUGUAUGUGUGAAGGAAUGCUUGUCCAGGCUUACUCACAGGAAGUGGAUGUGGGAAGGUCCAGGGAAACCGUGUUCGCUCCGAAACAAUAGCUAUUCAGCCAAACACAGUGGCACCCUUUAAUGUUUGUGUUCGGGGCUGUAGGUUUUCUCUCGGACAUAAACAUUUACAGUUGACGUGAGCGAACGCAGCCUGCAGCCAGAAGUAGUUUACCUUUUUUCUUUUUUUUGAGGCAGGAACCGAGACGAUGGUGGUUCUGUUCCCAGUUACAUCACUGCUUCGUCCUUCAGCUUGUGUGGGAGGCUGGGAGGUAUUUUAGUGUCCAUUAGCGAGAAGGAAAACCGGCGACGCCCCUCUGUUACAGUAGCAUCUACACAUGAGCAUAUCAAGUGCCUUACUAAUGGUGACUUUAACACAGCGAGACAAGAGUUUGAAGAACUGUGAUCUAUGCACCCUGAAAUGUGACAAGUUUAACAAGUCCUUUUUAUAAGUGAUUUUUAUACUCAUCAGCUUAACCACGAUUAAGAGAUUGAGUAACCUUUUAUAACAAAAUGAACUUCUUUUAUACAAAUCCCUUUUCUAAUGUUAAACACAUAUUUAAAUGUCUGCAGAAAUAGAUGGCACUUACACAGAAGAUAUAUUGAUAUAUAUAAAUAUAUAUAUAUAUUAAUUGUAUGUACUAUUACCCCAUUUCGGAUAAUGUAUGUAGACUGUACAGUUAUAUAUAACAUUAAUAAAGACUGAUUGUAAUAUCUUAAAA